CUGAUCCCCGUGCUGCGGAAUGUAAUCUUCCAAUACUCGGAGUCUCCCAUUUCUUCAGGAAUAGGAAAAUUCAAUAGAGUAGGAAACGCUGAGAAAUAUGUUUUGGAAAUGAUUAUGUUUAUUAGUUUCUAUCAUCAGGCUUUGUUUGAAUUACAGAAAUGAGAAGUGUAUUUUGGUGUUGAAUUAUUUGGAAGAUUACAGCAAGGUGCAUGCUUAUAGAUAUAUAAUUUGAAAAUAGCGGAAAAUCGAUCGUUUUAUUGGGAAAAUCGUGUGAAGAAAUACUGCUUUAUUGAACGGAAAGCCAGUCUGUUCAGGAUAAAUCUAAGACUGUGUAUAGUAGAGAAUUUGCUAAGGAAAUAUAAUAUUGACGGGUACUAUAAGUGAAGGAUGGAAAGUUAAAUUUAAGAGUGGUAAUUAGAUAGAAAAGUGCGCCUGGAACUACAAAGCAAAGGCAGGAAUAUUGUUUUGUGUUGUAAUUUUCGUCUGUGGUGCAGAAUGUGUUAAUGUGAAUUGUAGAAAAUAUGAAUAUAUGUAGGUAUGAAAUCACGAAUCAAAAAUCGAUAUUAUUGUGGAAUUAAGACACGUGCGAUCCAUUAAUGAGUUUCGGGGGAUCAUAAGAAAGUAAUAGAAACGUGAAAGCAAGUGGUCUGAUAAUCAGAUAUCAAUUUCCUAUCCUAACCAUUUGCGAUAAUUAAGAAAAGUAUGUGUGAAUACUUUCUCUUUAAAAUGGCAUUUAAAACAAGGUUUCACAUUUGCUUUUAAGAGAUAUCGUAAAAAACACUAAAAGACAUCAGUCGUUUUUAUUUGAAUAAGAGCACUAAAACAUGUAGCGACAUAAGUAAUUAAAUGCACCAUGAAAACAGUAGAUGCACUCAAACAAUAAAAUACCUUUCCGCAUAUGUUUUUAUCUCUAGCGCUUCUUGACUUAAACUCCGCGAUUUUAUCGUUUGCCGUGUGUACAUAUAGAUUCAUAGAAUAAAUUGGAAAAGCCAAGCGCACAUCGUUUGGUUGAUGCCUCAGAAUUUAUCAAUAUAACCUACAUGUAAGUCUGUAAGCUUUUGCUUACUAUCGAUCGCGGAGCUAGCACUCGGAGAGAAAGGACACAAGGCUAGAGGACAUUUAUGAUGAUGACGACAUUGACACAGUCCAGGACAUUUGGUGAUAAAUUAUACCAUACCAUGUGUUCAAAUGCUACAACUUAGUGUCCCCGCGGAUGUGUGUCUGCUGUGUGGCGUUGAAAUGUAUUGACAAACACAUCUACAAUAUGCCUGUUUUUAUUAUGAAUUAUCCAUCAGACAGCUUUUCAUGUGCCUGGUAAUUAGUCACCCAUACGACAGUGGUUUGAUUUAAGAAUCGAUCUUGUUCCUCUGAAUGUUAUUAUACAGGUACAGAAAUAGAAACUUCUGCUUCAGAGUAAAACUAAAACUCUUUUCCAUCUAAAGUAUAGAGAUUUUUGCUCCUGCACUAGACGUUUGGUUCACAUAUCGAUCUGCAAAGUCUUCAGUAAGAGCGGAUGUUUUAAACUAGCUUUAAGAUCGAUAAAUGUUACAAUUGUAAUGCGUUUUAUCGAUAAAACAGCCGUUUGUGAGAAAAUGACUUUCAGACCGGAAGUACAAAAACGCGCGUGCCAAAUUAAAAUGGCGCCUGUGUACGCUGAAUUAAAGUGUCAUUUGAUACAUAUAAGUGGUAUUUUGGCCAGUAUAUUUCCAUUCUGAAAAUAAUGGGAGAGAAAUGAAAACAGAACGAAAACAGAGUGGUCAGAUAUAUAUGUAUUUACGUAAACUGGCCUAUAGGUAAACUACUACCUAUAUAUAUAGAGAGAAACAUUAAUGUGUUCAUUUUAUCAUAUACGUUGUAUAGAUAUAAUAAUACCCAAAAUGAGCUGUGUAUUUUUAAUUUAAUACAUUUCAUUAGUUUUCACCAUGCGCAUCAUCACAAACGUUUUGACAGCUUUCAUUUUUUAAAGAAUCGUCGGAUGAGAUACUUAGCACUCUGAAAAAAAGUAAACAUGGAUAUAGAUAUGGUACUCUUCAGAUUUAUUUGCGUCAUAAUUUGCAUUUUUGAAACCCUACUUAUCUCUACUGCUGAUAGUCUGGGAGUUGCAGACGAAAAAUUCCCGCCAAAAUUCAAUUACCAGAAUCACAACCUACGUCCGGAGAAGACAAAUGGACGGAAUUCACGAUCAGACGCUAAAGGUGAUUUUCAAUUUAAAUCGAAUAUUGACGAAGAUUCUUUGGAACAAAGUAAAAUAUUAGAAUUUAUUGAAACCAUUCGAACUAAUGUAACAGAGCGAAAUUAUUACUGCAAUAAGUCAAAAGAACAGUCUAUAUCCCUGAGUAAUUUUACGUAUAUUUUCACUCCUUUAUCAUACCAACGAUACAAGAAACAAACUCUGGAUGGGAUAUUUAUAGCAAAAUAUUUGACACAUCUUUUUACUCACAAUAGAACAAAUAUUCAGUCUUUCUCGGAUAAGCAUGUGCCAGCUAUUAUUUCUGUUGUUCGUCUUAUAGUAGAAGAGGACAAAAACUUAGCAGGAGGCGGAAUUGCAUUAUCAAACAAUUUUUUCCCAUACAUCUUCAAAUCUGAGAACGGAAUUAUACAAGAAGACCUGGGAUUAGUGUAUAAAAAUUACAGAAAUGAAAAUUUCUUCUCUAUUCAUAAUCGUUCUGGAUCUAGUGACGCAACUUCCGGUUCUGCUACAGAUGUAUCCAUAACAUCGGAUGAUGCGUAUUUCGGUCAGCCCUACUUUGAUUGUUUUAAACAUAAACGUUGGAUUGUAGCAGUAUCUCUACCAUUCUAUGGAUAUGGCCAGACGGGGAAUUCAAUCAAAUUCAUGGGUGUUGUUGUCCUCGAUAUUGACCUUGAAAAAACCUCAGUCAACCAGUGCGUAGACUCAGAAUCUUUGUUUUCCGGAUCUCAUAAAUGCAGACCUGAAACAACUAAGUGCAAGUAUUUACCUGGUGGCGGACUACAGGCUGGACAAUAUGAAUGUCAUUGUAAAUCAGGAUUUUAUUUCCCUCUUCUAAACGCGACCCAAAAAUUUUACACCGGAACUCAAGUCGAACGUCACAUCCUACAGAGCAUGCGCAGUGAUGCGAACUUUUCCACAAGUGACUUCCAGUGUCUUCCGUGUCGCCAAGGCUGUAUAGAUUGUGACGACGAUGGUCCAUGUUUAGUUGAAUAUAACAUUUUAAUGAGAGGAAUUCCUUUAGGGAUUCAAAGCUUUUGUAUGACAAUAACCCUAGUUCUAGGAAUUGUUGUACUUAGAGUUAGAAAAUGUAAGGUAAUGGUGAUUGGUAUGUGGUGCUUACUGGAAAUUAUUCUUCUCGGUGCUUUAUUUCUUUAUGCUACGGUAGUCGUCCAAUAUUUUGAACCGUCAACAACGACGUGCCUCAUCGUGCCAUGGUUACGGGAGCUAGGAUUUGCCAUACUAUAUGGAGCACUUGUAUUAAAAAUAUACAGACUGCUGGCUGAUUUUCAAUCAAGGAAAGCACAUAGGGUACAUGUCAGGGACAAAGAUCUUCUAAAAUACCUCCUUUGCAUAGUCAUCGUCGUCAUAGGUUAUAUGGCAGCAUGGACAGCAGUAAAUAUAGAUCAGGUACAGGAAGGGGCGAGUCUUAUAGAGACAGGAACUACAUCCGACGAUGAACUCAGUUAUUUUAUCUGCAAAUCAGGCUGGUGGGAUUACUCCACAGAAGUUGCGGAAGUCUUGUUCCUUGUGUUUGGUAUAUACUUGUGUUAUAGAGUACGGGCUGCGCCAUCCGAGUAUUGUGAAGGAACCUAUGUCUCUGCUGCGAUAUGCUACGAAUGUUUUAUUUCUACUGUCUUUUAUGUUUUAAGGCAUAUAUAUUGGUUAAGUUUACAUCCCGAUUACUUAUUUUUGAUGUACUUUCUACGAUGUCAAUUAACCGUCAGUGUAACACUUGUAUUAGUAUUUGGUUCUAAGUUAUGGUACGCACAUCGACCCCCUGACGAGCGUCAGAUCAGGAAUAGGGCAUAUUCUUCAUCAGAUGUUCCAGACAACAUGGCCCCUGAGGUUAUGAAAUUAAAUGUUGGCAUUUCAUCCAACGGGGAUGUAGAUGUAGGGGACGUAAGCUUAGCAGAUAUGGAUCCAGAAGAUAUUAGGGCGGAAUUAAAAAGGCUUUACACACAACUGCAGGUUUAUAAAACUCGUACGAUGAGGAAAGAUAAUCCUCAUAUUUCUAAAAGGCGUGGCGGACGUAAACAAACUCAUAGACGUUUUUCACUACAAGCAUUCCACCACAAACAUCGGCAUCACCAUAGUGAUCAUACCGAACACGAACAUGAAAUGUCGAGAACACCCGAAGAAAGUACGAACUCUGCCGAAGGUCUGCCGAUGCCGAUUGAAAUGAGUGUAACAAAGUGUGAAGAAGUGAACGAAAAUAAGCCGACGUCGAGUGUUUCUUUCAGAAUGUAUCAUACUCAUAAAUGAUAUUGCGUCACAAAAAAAGAAAAGUGAACGUUUUAAUGUGUAUGUAGGAUAUCAUUUACUUCUCAUGGAAAGGCAAUUUGAUUGUGUUUGAUAUAGAGGCAUGUUUAUUGUCAAUGCCAGAUAAAUUUGCAAUAGGCCAUGUGGAAUGUAUAGUGUGAUAUUACACGAGAAUAUGCCAGAGGACCGCAUUCAGAAUUGUCGGUGCAACGGAGUGAUGUUUUUCAAACAGCAUUGGGAUACUCAACCGUAUUGAAAGAAGACAAAGUGAACCUGUGUACUACAUUUUAUUAUGUAGAACUUUAAAUAUGUUUUAGAGGUACAUGAGUUAAUUGUUCUCCCUAAUUCAGAAGAGCAAAGGAUGAGACGUUAUGUUUGAAGCAAGUGUAUUGUUAUAUACAGAUAGCAGAAUAAAAGUAUGAGAAAAAAGAAACAAUUGUCUUUUGGAAGCGUUGAAAAGAAUCUCAUAAUGUAAUAUUUGUUAUAAUUCAUCAUCUCGCAUGGUUAAGCGAGACAAACUGACACUCUUAACUGCUGGGAGUUAUUUGUAAAAUAAUUAUGUACUGUAUUUGUGCCAUUUGACAAUUCAUUCAACCAAUUUAUGUAUUUAUUUAACAAGAAACAAGGACCUUAUUUAUCUUCUCAGAUAACCUGAAAAUCUUUUGUGAUGAUAAGUAGGUAGUACAAGCAAUGCGUUUGCAUGACAAAUCUUAUUUUCACUAAACGUUCACUAAACGAUAAUGUUAGGUAUAGUUAGAACAUUAUGACUUAAUGCUUUAAUUUUAAUAUUCCUUCGAAAUUUAUAUUUAGGACAUUAACCAUGUUAACUGAAGAGAAAUUGUGUUGUUGAUAUGUCAAUAGAAAAAAGGUUUCGAAAUACAAUAGUAUCUGUUUAGUCUCCAGCCUGUGUUUCAUCGGAGGUCCCCCGUCUAUCAGUCACACAAAACGGGAUUUGUAAUAACCUUAAAAGAACAAGAUAGUUGUUUGGAAACUUAAUACAGGGAUAGGUGGCAAUCUGAAGAAUAUGCAUGUCCUUUUAUUUUUUUUUGUAGUUGCUUCGUCAACAAUUCAAAAAUAUAACAAAAUUUUGGAUCCUGCAAAAGCUAAAAAAAAUGAAAGAGUCUUUUUAAUAUGGAGAAUGUGCACAUUAUUGUAUUAAUUCGUAUGUCCGUGCUUUCAUCUGUCUUUCUGUCCAUUACUUACAAAUGGUGGAUUCCUCCGUAACUUCAAACAGUAUGAGAUUUUUUUUUUAUGAAAUCUUAGUGGGACAAAUAUUGAAGGUUAUACGGAGAAUAUCUUGUUCCAUCCAACUCCCUGUCUGUCAGUACUCACAAACCAUAUACCAUGAUUACUUCACAAGUACAAGCAAACCAGGUUAUAGAUUUUGUUUGAUUUGGAGAACAUGCAAGUCCUUCCAUUUAGUUUCAAUAUAAGAACUAAGUUAUAUUAAUAUUUAUACAUUUAUAUUUUAAAUGAGUAAUUAUAGAUACGAUAGGUGUCCCAUCCGGGAUGGUUUUAAUUUUAUGACCUACCAGUUAUUUCCAAACGAAGAAUAGGUAAUACUAUUAUCAUGUAUAUAAAAUAGUGAUAUAAAGUGAAUGAAGAUAUGCUGACAGUACCAUUUUAGAUGGUUAAAUGAUAUGUCAUAUGCCAGAAAUACUUUGCAGUUAUUUUAUUUGUGAAAGAUGUGAUUAUAAAUUAAUUUUUUGUUACCGUUUGGACUAAUUGUUAAGACGGAAAUAACAAAUACCUUGACUAUUUUAAUAGUUAGUUAAAUAAUAGAUUUAUCAAAGUUUUUUCUUCUUUGUAUUAUUCAUUCCGCUGUCAGACAGAAUUCAACUUACGUUAGCAUGAACUGUACCGUAUUUUCUUGGCUAGACUAGCCAAAAUUUGAGUUUUUGACAAGUUCACUGUUUGUAAGCCAGGAAAUAGAAACUUAAAACAAUAUCUUCUUACUGACCAAUAUAAAACAAUAUAUUCUAAUAAAAGGGAUACGAAGCUGAGGCCGCAGUUAAGAUAUUAGGCCAACUUUUAAAAUAAAAAAAGGUCUUUAUGAGUAAAAUAAAAGUAAAAAAAAAUAUAGUUUUUAUAUUCAUUUGAAUUCUUGUCUUUUGAUUUGUUAACACAAAUUUACACUGUUUAUUUCAGCAAUGUGUUUCUGUUGACAGAAUAAAUAAGUUCGCUGAAGCAUAAUCUUUCUUUUAGAUUUCUGUAAUGUUAAGUUCUUGUAAGACGUUAUGUACAUCAUUUAUUUUCUAGAAAGGACAGAACUGUCAGUGAUAAGACAUUGAAGAAGAUAGUUUUAUAAGGUUUUAAUCUGUUCUACUGUUGUAUCCCAUUAAACUAAAUAACAUGGACGUAAGGUGUGUUUCUUAAACAAUUAAAUUUCUUCUUAUGAUGAGAGGUACAUGUCCUUUAAAACGGAGGUAAAAUUUUCUGUUCAAUUUAAUCGAAAAAAAAAGGCCACACUCAAAUAAUCCUGUAAAUUUUACUUGUAAUAUUGUGUACGCCAUGAAUCAAACCGAUUACAUUGUUAUUAAAUUUGAUUUGCAAGUUUUUAUUUCAGUGGAGACAUAGAAAGUAACAAAUAUCUUUCCUAAACUUUACGUCGAGAAAUUAUUUCAUCAAAUACACUUCAGUGUAACACAACACACUGGCGUAAGGGGUUUGUUUCUCUUUGCCUGUGAAAAACUGUCAAACUACUUAAUAUGUAAAUAUUUUGUGCAACUGUAUAUAGCAGACAAUAAGCUUUGUGUAAAUGUAGACAAUGUAUACAUGACUGUAUGUAUGUAUAUGUUUAGAUAUGUUUUUUGUUAAUUUUAAGGGCAGCGUCUCGUUUUACUGACAAUUUACAAAAUGCACAUUUACGAGCUUUAGACAUUUGAAUAGGAUACACAGCAUAAAGAUACAUUUUUGCAUAAUACAUAAAAAACUUCUUCUCUCAUGUCAAUAACUAUGUGUAUGCAUAAUUGCGAAAGCUUGUUUUGAUGUAUUUUCAUCACCCGCACAUUAUGGACGCCAUAUAUGGCUAAAGUUAUACUCCAAAAUUUGUAGAUCUGAAAAAUGAUUUUUUCUAAAUGACAAAUAACCAUAUACGAACACGAAACCAUUCAAUGGCUCGGACUGUGCGUGCGUGCGUGUGUAUGUGUGUAUCUCAUAUAUUUUAGGUAAUUCUCGUGACAGACUUCUGCAGAAGAACUUUUAUGAUUUAGUUGGAGGAUAGCAGAAGAUAAGAACAUGUUUCUACUCCAAAAGCUUACACUGUAAUUAAUUUGGGCAGGUGUGAAGCGUCCAAACAAGAAUUUCAUGAAAAAUACUAAUUGGAAGAGCGGCAAAUGAACUCGCGAGCCUUGGAUCUUACAGCUUGAACACUAAGUCCGCUUUCGAGUAAUUGGAAUAAAAUGUGCGCAUGUGUAGAGUGUGGUUGAAUUGUUAUAUACAAGUGAUGUAUAAAAUGAAUUUGUUAAAGAAAAGAUUUUAUGUGUACAUUGUAUAUAUAUACACUGAGUAUGUUUUAAGAAAGUGCUGCUUUAAAUGUUAUGAUGGUAAUUCUAGGUUAUUUUAUAAAGUUUAUAAAGUCUUUCUGAAUAUCGUGCGAGAAAUUAUCGAGGGAGUGAAACGUAUAUAUAUUACCUGCAUUAAAAUAUAAAGAAUAAUGUUUUUUAAUUCAAUUUUAACCCUUUUGAAUAGCAUAGAAGUACAGAUUUUAUGCCAGAAAGCUGCAUACUGCGUAGGAUUAAUUGUUUGUUCUGGUAUACUGAGGCAUUUCCUGACACAUUUACUUUACAAACUUACAAUGAACUGCAAGGAACCGACUUUGAAAAAACCUACUAACUCUGAUAGAAUGUUUUGUAAUCUAAAAAUAAAAACAGUUAUUUGUAAGUAAAUUUCUCAUUUUUUCUUUAUAUCUAAAUUUGACAUUUGAACUCUAGUAUGGAUUUAAAAUUAGUGCAAAAUAUUUAGCUUUCAGUUAAUUCGAAUAUAUCUGAAAUAUGUGGAUUUUAUCACGAUUCCAUAUUUAAAUAUUCGUAAUAACAUAAGACGGUUCAUUGAACGGAUUUUAUUGGAAUGUUAACUGUUGAAACAGUGCAAUAAUGAUUUUACUAAUUCAUUUUUUGGGACAGACCAGUGUAAAGUAUAUUUUAAACAUUUAGAUGCAGGGAUUGUGCAAUACUGUUACAUGGUUUGGAAAUUGCAUCGUUAUAGGUCACAUAGUUUAUUUCAAAUAUUUUUUUCAAAUAUUCGGUAACGUUGAAAUAUGGAUCUUGCAUUCGAACAUUUUACGAAUGCUUUUGCUCGUCUAUAAAAUUUUAACACUUUUUGAACACUUGUUUUGGAAUUAAAAAGCUUCGCACUGUUACAAAUAUUAAUUAAUGGAUCAGGCGUUUUGUGUUCUAUGAAACAGUCUAACUUGUUCUAUUUUAUAAAUAGACAAUAUUUUUACUUCAAGUAUAUAUUUUUCAUUGUAGAAUUUUGUUAAGAAACGUGUCCUACAUAUUCGUUUUACAGUAUUGUUGCAGUUAGUUCUUUUUAAAUAAAUGAGCCGCGCCAUGAGAAAACCAACAUAGUGGGUUUGCGACCAGCAUGGAUCCAGACCAGCCUGCGCAUCCGCGCAGUCUGGUCAGAUUCCAUGCUGCUCGCUAACGGUUUCUCUAAUUGCUAUAGGCAUUGAAAGCGAACAGCAUGGAUCCUGACCAGACUGCGCGCAUGCGCAGGCUGGUCUGGAUCCAUGCUGGUCGCAAACCCACUAUGUUGAUUUUCUCAUGGCGCGGCUCAAAUAAUUUUAUUUAUUAAAGUAAAAAUCUACAUAAUGCAAUAAAUGUAUUAUGUAAGAUUUUAAAUAUGUAGUAAUUUUAAAAAAAUAUUUCUGUACUUGAAAACAACGGAAAGGCCUGUAUUGCCAAGCAAUUGUAUUACAAGAAUUUUAUAAUAAAGAUAU